AUGUAUUCCAUAAAGGGGGCAAACAUAUGCAUCCUGUGUGAAAAAAGUGGCAAAAUCAUAGAAAAAAUAGCAGUGAAGACCAAUCGAAUAACGAUUGGUUCAUACCCGCUUAACAAUAUUCGAUUGCACACGGUAAAUGCAGAGCGGCUGCAUUGUAAAAUUUUCGCAGAUUCGUCAAAUUCGGUAUCCAUCGUCAAUUAUUCCAAGAGCAAUCCUGUGCGUGUGAAUAAUUGUAGUGUGAAUUCGAGGUACACUCUACAUGACAACGAUAAAUUUCAAGUGGCCGGCUGCUUGUUUUUGUGGAAUUUCGAUCCUGCAAACAUCAAAGGAGUUCCCAAGUCGAGGAAGCGUACAAUCCAGCAAUGUCGAAGAAAAAUGAUCACGCUGAAACGGGUACGAAGCACUGGGGAUUUCGAAAAACAUAGCUGCGUAAUAGUACGUCGGUCGGUUAGCUUGAUGUUGGAUGCAUACAGGAAGCGCAGAACAAUUCACAGCACUAUGUCCGGACAAUCCAUGUGCGGAGCAAACAUAUCAUCCAAACCGUGCAUACAAAAUGCAUCCGAGAAUGAUAACGCACACGCUGCAGUCUGUACGCCAUCAGCCGUUAAUACUACUCAACCAAAUUUAACUCCCCUCGUAACACCGCACACUGAAAAGGAAAAUAUCAUUCCUGCUAAUAUGCAACAUUUGAUCACCGGUGAUCUAAUGAAUAAAUCGCAUACACCCGUAUCAUCUAAGCGACGACACUUGGCUUGCCAUACGCCUGUGUCUCAUUUGAUUGAUUUAACGACGCCGCCGGCCAAAUCCCGGGCGACAAGCACUGCGCGUAAAGCAUUAUCUGGUAAAGCAGCCCAGCCUCCACGGUUGCUAGAUGUUGUGGACAUUGUAACGCCCAGUCCAAAGAAAUUCAAUAAGACGCCAAUUUCUGUACGAAGCACGACAUCAACGCCAAAAACAACUUUAUUAAAAUCGGCCAUUAAAAAUUCACGAAUACAUGAACCAGAGUCUAAGAAAACGCCUCUAUCUUCUGCAUUCGUGAAGAAAACUCCAAAUGUGAAAUCGAAUACGCCGCGUGUAAAUACACCCAAGCCUACGCCUGUUGGCUACAAGAGCUCGACGGGUAAAAUAAGAAACCAUUUAAUAUCGACACUAAACGACAAAAAGACAGUUUCUGUGAGCAAAACCGAUUCUCCAGUAGCACGCAUAAAUUUGGAAGAAACCAGCAAACGUUCAACACCAAACCUUAGAAAAAGACCCAGCGCAACUACGCAGAGUCGAAGCGUUUGCGUUACUCCUAAGGGCGAGCUUCUGGAACGAUGUAAUAUUCAAACACUUGAUAACGUCGUAAGUUUUGCGAAGGCUGAAAGGAACGCUGUAGUAGAGAGUCCCAGCGUUGUGCCGAUUAUUGAUGUGCAAUCAAUAAUAAAGAAACCAAAUCGGACGACGCAAAUAAGAUCCGCCAAGUAUUCUGAUAUAACUCCUCAUGAGUCUUUUGCUGACGGAAUGCCAGUUGCUGCUAUAACGUCGGAAGAAAAUGUGAUAGCGUUGCAAGUCGAGAGUAGCAUUUCAACGACAUGCAGCUUACUGGAAGAUGAGUUAAAAUGUUUGAGCAAUAUGCCAUCAAAUGCUAACUCUAAUCGCAAUUCUUGUUCAUCGAUCAAAGCUGCACAUUGCUCUGGAUCAUAUCAGAAGACACGAAAAACUAUGAAUGAUAUUAGUAGCAGGCUACCGGGAAGUCCUUCACGGCCCUUAAGCCGUAACAAGUUGAUUCAAAGUAACAUGGAAUCGCUCAAAGAUUUGACAAAAGACAACGGUAUGAUUGCACUUCCUACAAUUACUAUUUCUGCAGAAGAAGAUCUCGAUAAAAAUGAACUGCUCGUAGAAAGUGAUUUGAAUCUACAUCUCCUGCAAAACGAUACGGUCAAUAACACUCCUGAGCUAAGAAAUUCUUGGCGAUAUACUCGAAAUCGAAAUAUCGGCAGCGCUUUCACAUCGUUAAAUGCAUCGCAACCACAGCUAGAUUUGACCGCAGAGAUAGAUGAAAGUUUAGUAAUUACAGAAGAUGAAGAAGCUGUAAUUGAAAAUAAUGAGCUUUAUAACCUGGAAUGUUCUAAUUCACAUUCGUCGACGAGAGAAGAACAAAUGAUUACACAUAAUGCUAGCAUGAAUGAUCGCAAAACAGCUCAAAUCCCAGAAACAACCACCGAAACAACAUCAAAUUUGCUUUCCAGAAGUUUGGAUGAAGAGUCAGUUUCUAGUAACGCUGUCAACAACUUUGAAUGUUCAGUAACUGAGCAGGAUCAGGUGCAAGAAGAAGCAGCCGAGAAUGGGAUGCCGGAAAGGGCUGGUGAAAUUGUGCAACAUUUCCAGAAUUCAGUGCAAAGCGUUCGCUGCGAGAAUAACGAUAGAAAAAUUGAAGAGAUAUCAGGAAUGGAACUUAAAAAAUCAUCUACAACUCCAAAAGUCUCGAAACGGCGCCUCUACAACAAAAACGAUUAUUUAAGUUUAACACCCAGCCACAUGUUAGAAUCCUCACAAACAGCGUAUGUUGCAGUACCAAAUGAGUAUCCGAUUUUGUUGAAGACCAAGAAAAAAGAAAAAAAGUCUCAUGAUGUCGGAAACCAAAUUCGCGAAAAUCGCCCAAAAAGAGCUUGUCGUCUGAAGAUAACAAAUCUUUCGGAAGAGUUUCUUGCAGGUAAUUCUCCUGCAUCAAAGUUUGUUGAACCCAAGCCCGAGAUUACAGAAAACAAUGAUACGUUUGCUGCAAAUGACGGAGAGUCUUCAUGUACUCAGAAUGAAAAAUCAGAGACAAGUAUUACCCAAAACAGAACUGUUGAUCUAUCUGUUGCAGGAGCGAAGAAAUCGGAAGCAGAUUUGGCACAGACUUUGGAUGUAGCAGCAGUAGAAAAUAGCCGAAAAGAAAAGGAGGAAACAACCGUAUCGAGCAUUGGCCGUGUGCAAAAGAAGGUUAUUCUAGAAGAAACAUCAAGUACUACUAGUACACCAAUUAAAAGAGGUCGUGGCAGAAGAGCAAAUGAAACGGUUAAGGAAGUGACUGAAACUGAAAAACCGUUGAGCGAUGCCCAUAAAAUUGUUGAUCUGCAUGCUGAUGAAGAUGAUCGGAAAAUGGAGAAUACACCAAUUGGACAAGCUGCUGAAUUAGUAGAAACUGAUUCGAUGGCAACGGACGACAAGGACACACAACAAGAUAAACCGUCAGUUGGAAGAAGGGGCCGAGGCCGAAAGCAGGUUAUUCUAGAAGAAACAUCAAGUACUACUAGUACACCAAUUAAAAGAGGUCGUGGCAGAAAGGCAGUUGAAACGGUCAAGGAAGUGGCUGUUUCUGAAAAACUGUUGAGCUAUGCCGAUAAAAUUGUUGAUCUGCGUGCUGAUGAAGAUGAUCGGAAAAUGGAGAAUACACCAAUUGGGCAAGCUACUGAAUUAGUAGAAACUGAUUCGAUGGCAACGGACGACAAGGAUACACAACAAGAUAAACCGUCGGUUGGAAGAAGAGGCCGAGGCCGAAAGCAGGUUAUUCUAGAAGAAACAUCAAGUACUACUAGUACGCCAAUUAAAAGAGCUCGUGGCAGAAAGGCAGUUGAAACGGUCAAGGAAGUAGCUGUUUCUGAAAAACCGUUGAGCUAUGCCGAUAAAAUUGUUGAUCUGCGUGCUGAUGAAGAUGAUCGGAAAAUGGAGAAUACACCAAUUGGACAAGCUGCUGAAUUAGUAGAAACUGAUUCGAUGGCAACGGACGACAAGGAUACACAACAAGAUAAACCGUCGGUUGGAAGAAGGGGUCGAGGCCGAAAGCAGGUUAUUCUAGAAGAAACAUCAAGUACUACUAGUACGCCAAUUAAAAGAGGUCGUGGCAGAAAGGCAGUUGAAAAGGUCAAGGAAGUGACUGAAACUGAAAAACCGUUGAGCGAUGCCGAUAAAAUUGUUGAUCUGCGUGCUGAUGAAGAUGAUCGGAAAAUGGAGAAUACACCUAUUGGGCAAGCUGCUGAAUUAGUUGAUUCGAUGGCAACGGACGACAAGGAUACACAACAAGAUAAACUGUCGGUUGGAAGAAGGGGUCGAGGCCGAAAGCAGCUUAUUCUAGAAGAAACAUCAAGUACUACUAGUACGCCAAUUAAAAGAGGUCGUGGCAGAAAGGCAGUUGAAAAGGUCAAGGAAGUGACUGAAACUGAAAAACCGUUGAGCGAUGCCGAUAAAAUUGUUGAUCUGCGUACUGAUAAAGAUGAUCGGAAAAUUGAGAAUACACCAAUUGGGCAAGCUGCUGAAUUAGUAGAAACUGAUUCGAUGGCAACGGACGACAAGAACACACAACAAGAUAAACCGUCGGUUGGAAGAAGGGGCCGAGGCCGAAAGCAGGUUAUUAUAGAAGAAACAUCAAGUACUACUAGUACACCAAUUAAAAGAGGUCGUGGCAGAAAGGCAGUUGAAACGGUCAAGGAAAUGGCUGUUUCUGAAAAACCGUUGAGCGAUGUUGAUAAAAUUGAGUCGGAAGAUGAAAGAAAUCACAUUGUUGAUCUGCGUGAGGAUGAAGACAACCGGAAGAUGGAGAAUACAUCAAGUGGUCAAGCUGCUAAAUCAGUAGAAAGUGAUUUGAUAGCAACGGACGAAAAGGACAUACAAGAUAAACCGUCGGUUGGAAAAAGGGGCCGAGGCCGAAAGCAGGUUAAUCUAGAGGAAACAUCAAGUACUACUAGCACGCCAAUUAAAAAGGCUCGUGGCAGAAAGGCAGUUGAAACGGUCCAGGAAGUAUCUAAUGAAGAAAUACCAAGGAGAACACGCGCUAAACGGAAUUAA